GAGGAGCUGUGCAGCUGGUUUUCUCCAGAGCGGGCAAGCACAUGUGCGAGCCCCACCCCUUCAGGGGAAGCAGAGCUCCGCGCGGAGUGCUUGGGUCCGCGCUGGGCCCCCGCGGCGGCGCCUCUGGCGCCGCCACCUGGCGCGCUCCCCGCGCCGGGGAGGGGGGGUCAGCGCAGGUCCAAGACAUCCGCGCGGAGCGCGAGAGGUUUCUGUUUAUGCCGUUGUUUCUUCUUCUGUUUUCUCCUCCUCCUCCUCCUCCUCCUCCUCCUCCUCGUGCGGAACACGACCUAGAGGAAACGCCUCGGGUCUCAGGAGAUUGGGGUCAGUACAAACGGGAGCCAGUCAGAGCGCCAGAGCUUGCAUCCUGCAGGGCCAGGGGUGCACUGGCCCGGUUUUGGGGUGCCAGGAUGCUGCAGGGCCUUGCAGCAUCAUGCAAGGCCUGACCGACCCGGGUCCGGUCGGACUGACCUGGGCCAGAAGAUCCCCGAAAGCCACGUCUACUGGCUCGAGGCAGGCAUCCCGAGCGAGCGUACAACUGUUCCAUCCCUGGCGGUUUUCCUCGACAUUUCGGCUUCUCGGGCUCGCUAUAUCCAUCACGCGUUGAUCCGGGACGGAGCCCCCCCCCACGAGGGAAGGGGAGCCAUGAGCUCAGGAAGCCGCGCGCCGAGCAGAUGCCACACCGCGGGACGUCUGGGCCCAGGGCUGCGGGGGCUCGGGGCCGCCGCGCGGAUCUCAGGGGAGGAGGCAGCGGCAGCAGCCAGCAACUCUCGGAGGCCUUCGGGGAGCGGCGCGGGUUCCCCGGCGGCGCCCGCGGAGCGCCACGCCCUGGCGCGCCCCGCGCGCGGGGGAGGCGGGGGCGCGGCGCCGAGCCGAGGCGUCCGCGCGGAGCUCUCCGGAGGCCUCUGCUCGUGCGGGCUGCUCUGCCUCGAGGGCUCCCGAGCUGCGGGGCUCGGGCCCCUGAGCCGCACGGCCUCCCCGCCCCCAGCGGCGCUCACCGCGGCGGGGGGUGGGCGAUGUGUGUCCGCUCGCCCAAAGCGCGGGGUUUGUAAUUGCAGGCCGGCUGUCCAGUAUCGUGCUGGAGCGCUGGGGCACUGCUCAGAUCCCAGGGCGCUCUGCGCCCCGCUCCUUGAAUUUUAGCGCGCCCCGCCCCAUGUUGUGCAAGGACCCAGACUUGCGCUCGCGUGCCAUCGGCGAAACGGUGGUCGAUGAAAUGUAUUUCUCCGUGCAGGCCGUUGCUAGGAUGAUGGACACAUGGGAUCACUGAACACUCUGGCAGAAUGAUUGUUUUCG